UGUAUCUGCCGCUGUGUGUCCUGCUGUUUUCCUCCCCGUCCCUCCGGUGUUUCUGUGAUGGUGAAGAGGAGAAACGCCGGUCGCUGUGCUUCUCACGACAGAGAGAAAAAAUCCACGAACGCUGCAAGGCGAUCUGUCCCAACAAAGACGACGUGGACGCCGUCUCCAGUAUCACCACCAACCACGACAAAUCCAGAGCUGAGCUGGAACAAGUCCCGAAGAUCUUCAUGAAGCCUGACUUUGCUCUGGAUGACCCGGUCACCUUCAACGCAGUCCUGCCCUGGUCGCACUUCAACAGUGCCGGGGGGAAGAGCAGCCGAGACGUGGCCUCCUCCAAACUGCUGCAGGAGAAGCUGAGUCACUACCUGGAUGUGGUGGAGGUGAGCAUCGCCCGGCAGAUCUCUCUGCGCUCCGAGGCGUUUUUUCACGCCAUGUCCUCGCAGCACGAGCUGCAGGACCGGCUGCAGGAGACGCAGCAGGCCGUGGCCGUCCUGCGGGGCCGCACCGCCGCAAUCGACCGGGUCAUGUGUCAGGGGCCCUUACGGGCCGUCCGCACCGCCCUGACCCGCAACAACUACGUGAAGCUGCACAACAAGCUGAAGCUGAUGGCGGCGGUGCAUCAGACGCAGCCCACCGUGCAGCUGCUGCUCUCCACCUCCGAGUUCGUUGGAGCGCUGGAGCUCAUAUCCACCACCAAGGAGGUGCUGCAGCAGGAGCUGCAGGGAAUCCACAGCUUCAGACAUCUGGGCUCCCAGCUGUGCGAGCUGGAGAAGCUGAUCGAUAAGAUGAUGGUGGAGGAUUUCAGCAUGUACGCCCGCAGCGACCUGAACCGCAGCCUGAAGGACGAGCCGCAGGUCCUCGAGAAGGAGCGUCUGGAGUCUCUGGUGUUCGGCCUGCUGCGGCAGAGGAAGCUGGACUUUCUGGAUAUCUACAGCGAUGAGAUGAUUGCUGCUGCUAGGGCCAUCGUCAGCCAGUGUGUGGCAGAAAGUGUUUUGCACAUAGAAGAAAUCGACACUGAAGUCGUCACUAAGCUGGCUGACCAGAUGCGUGUGAUGAUGUUCCCUCAGUGGUUUGAGCUGCUGAAAAAUGUCUUUGAGAGUUUCCUCCUCUUCCUGCAGAGGAUCAAGGCCACUCUGAUUGUGAUCAAAAACGUGGUUCAGGAGAUUCUGGCCUCGAGCCAGAAGAACCGGCUCCUGGAGGAGGCCCGUUUGGGGGCUUCAGGCCAGGAGGCUUUCCACGGCCCGUCGCCCCUGCAGGGGGAGGCCGAGCUGGCCUACCUCACCCACGAGGGUUUGUUCAUCAGUGACGCUCUGAACGAGGCCCAGCAGCCGCAGCAGGCGGUGGUCCUGGAUCAGAGCUCUGGGGCGGGCUCCAGGGUACAGCAGAGCCGGGCGGAGGCUGCCGGCAGCAACUCUGGGACCACAGAGUCCUCUUUCUGCAGGGAGCAGGGCUUCACGUCCGGUGAGAACAUGAUGCCCACUGAGCUGGAGCUGAACCGCGUGAUCAACAACAUCCAGGAGCUGCUGCACUCGGCCUCCGACGUCAGCCACGACCGCUGCGUCAAAGUCCUCACAGCCAGAGCCAAGGACGGCUCUCUGGAGCGUCUGAGCUCGGCCGAGUUUGUGUCUCUCUCUCAGGCGGUGGAGGGUUUCGUCAGAGACACAGAGGAGCUGUGCGGCAGGCGGAGCGUCUCCCUGAGGGGGGCGCUGCAAAGCCAGGCCAACCGCUUCGUCCACCGCUUCCACGAAGAGCGCAAGACCAAACUCAGCCUCCUCCUGGAUAAUGAGCGCUGGAAGCAGGCCGAGGUUCCUGCUGAGUUUCAGGAUCUGGUGAACUUCAUCGCCGACGGAAGAAUAACACUACCAGAACGCAAAAUCCCAGGUUCAGAGGACAGGAAGCCUGCUGAGUUUCUGCUCGUCAACGGGCAAAAAUACGCCGUCGUUGGGACGGUUCUGCUGCUGAUCCGGAUCUUUCUGGAAUACUGUCAGUGUGUCAACGACAUCCCAUCCAUCUGCACCGACAUGCUGACGCGUCUGUCGGACCUCCUCAAGCACUUCAACUCUCGGAGUUGCCAGCUGGUUCUGGGAGCCGGAGCUCUGCAAGUUGUCGGCCUCAAGACCAUCACUACCAAAAACCUCGCAUUAGCUUCCCGCUGCCUGCAGCUGGUGGUUCACUACAUUCCCAUCAUCAGAGCUCAUUUUGAGACCAAGCUGCAGCCCAAACAGUACAGCGUCCUCAGACACUUUGACCACAUCACCAAGGACUACAAUGAUCACAUAUCGGAGAUCUCUGCUAAGCUGGUGGCCAUCAUGGACAGUCUGUUUGAGAAGGUUUUAUCAAAGUAUGAAGUGAAGGCGCCGAUGCCCUCGGCCUGCUUCAGAAAUGUCUGUAAGCAGAUGGCGAAGAUGCACGAAGCCAUUUCUGAACUUUUACCUGAAGAACAGACACAGAUGUUGUUUCUGAGGAUCAACGCCGGUUUUAAGAUGCACCUGAAGAGGCAGCUGGCUCGACUCGGGGUGGUUAACGACGGAGGACCACAGCACGGGCUGGUGGUGGUGGACGUCGCGUUCUACACGGAGAACGUCCAGGCGCUGAAGAGCCUCGAGCGGCUCGACCUGAACAUGGCAGAGAUCUGGGAGCAGAAGAGGUGAUGGAGGACGGCGACGAGACGUCCAGAACCGACCGACCCGGCCACCCGGAGACGGGCUGCCGACCUCGGGGGCCGACGGCGGCCGGCUGAAGCUUGGGGAGGCCCCAAGGGACCAAAAACACAAAACUGGGAGAGGAGAAGAGCAGAAACACGCCGGGGCUUCCUGAACAGCUCCACCUUAAAAUACUCUAUGAAGCAACACACAGAGCCUCCUUAAAAACUGCUGCCACUCAUCUCACUGUGUGCAACAGAAAUACUAUUAAAUUAUAGUUUUAACGGGAGUGAAGGGUGUAGAUACUGUUAGAUAAUGGCGGGGUAAUUUAUUUUUCUGUCUUGAAAACAUUCUCCACUGUGGUGGACUUUUUCUCCAGCGGGGACGGGAUGUUGGAGCCGAAGGGAAUUAUCAUCAACGCACACUGAAAACAAUUUUUUUCCGCCGCUGGUUUCGCAGAUUUUUGCUAAAACCUCACAGCCGAGGGUUCAGGAGUCGGGGGGGAAGAUGUGAUUCGCUCUGGAAAGAACCGGGUUUUUUUCUACUUCCUGCUCUGAAAGAAUCGACAGGUUUCCUUCACGGCGUUUCCAAACCUUUUCCUCGUUCAUCGUCUGGUUUGAUUUUUAUCCAGACGGCUGAAAACAGACGUGGUUUCUUUUAUACUCAGAACAAGAAGAUUUUCCAGACCUCUUAUGGAAUACCAGACAGGUUGAGACCUGGAGGAGCCCUAAAGAAGCAGGAGCUGAUUUUAAAAAAGUGUCGUUGAAGAGUUUACUUCCUAAACAUUUGGGGAAGAAUCAACUCUCAGCUACAUCCUGUUGCUACCAAAGUAAAACAAGUCUCUAAUUUGGAAAAUAAACUCUUCAACUGCACUUUCCCCCUCUUCUCUUUAAAACAAUCCAACCAUGCAUCAAGUUUCAGCUGAGUGAUAUUCAGGCCCCGGCAGAUGGUCAUUUUUCUACAUGUAGUUAAUUGAUGAGUUUUUUUGACUGCAGAACAUGAAGCAUGAAAUAAGCUGUUAACUCAAACUACUGUCGAUCCUUCUCCCUCCUGCUGUAGCUUUAUUUAAUCUGCAUGAGCUUUUUGUUUCUUUCCAGUGAGAAACGACAGAACAGAAAAUCUGAUUCAUUUCUAAAUCUAUCUACUAAAAUAUCUACUGUGGAUCUUCUUAGCAGAAUUUCCUGAAUGAAAGUAAGCGAGCGCUGCCUGGAAAGUUAGAAAACAAUCAUGUGAGAGAUCAUGUUUCCCCGGUGUUAUCAGUUGUCAAUCACAGAUGAUCACAUCGCGAGAUGUGAACCAAUCAAGCUGAAGUUUACCCGAAACAUUUCUGGUGCUGCUUUCAGGUGCUGUCAUCUAACAAACUGAAAACGAGUACUCCUCAUUUAUUCAUACUCAAACAUUGUCCUAAAUAAAAUGGUGUGAAACAUAGUGUGCACUAAAAGCUUUACUGGUUGAGCUCAUUUAAACAUGAGCAGACAAUAUAAUGCAGUAUUUACUGACCUUUUCAACUGAUCAAAGUUACUUAUCAAGUGAAAUUUUAGAUGACGCGGUUUUUCUUUAAAACUCUGAGCUUAGUUCAUCAGUCGAGGAGUUUAAUUUAUGUAGACAAAGCGAGUUUUCUUAGAAGGAACGCCUUAAAACGCACGAUUAGACACCCGGUCAUCACGUGAUUUUGGGUAAUGAAUCCUUAAACCUGCUGCACAGCUGUGGUACAACCACACAGAUGUUCCCAGGUGUUCUGGCUUGUUGUGCUAAUACAGACACACUUGAAUACAAGUGGUAUUUUGUUUACCUGGAGUGGAAACUAGACUCAGGGCUGAGUGUUGGUGGAUAAUUUUUCACUCGCCUGUUAAGAGCUGUAACCCUCUAAACUCCCGCUGAAGCUCCCAGCUUCAGCCUGAGCAGAGUCAGAACACCUGAGAACACCGGUGCUUACAGCAAACGCAGUUUUCUUCAAACAUCAGAUUUUCUGUUCUGAACUCCGACCAAACAAAACACAGCUGUCCAGCUGCGGUCACGUCACCGUCAGGUUAAUCAGUCUCUGAAAGCUACUUGAACACUACAGGCAGCGAUGAAUCGGAAGAGAACCUGGAUCCCAUCAAACCAGACAGCUUCUCUUCUGGUUUCUGUCUCACAGCAUUAAUCAGCUUUUAAACUUUAAAAAGUUCAUCGUAGAGAAAAUAUUCGUUUUCGGGAGAUCAUAUCCCGUUAUCGCAAGAAAACCAAACUUUCCUAUCCUGAGAUAAUGUGACAGAGAAAUGUGGUAAAAAUAAAUGACUUCACCUACAGUUUAGGGACAAACCCACCCACCCAGAGGACAGUCAGAAACUGUGUUUAGUUCAAAGUGAGCUGGAUGACGAGGCGUGACCGCAGCUGUCAGUUUCCUCUGAGACUCAACUUUCAUCACUGUCCGCUUCAGAAGUGCCUACUUUUGAUCGACUGUCUGAGACGACACAUCUGAGCUCUCCACUACAGUGUGCCUACCAUACCACUGUGUGUGUGUGUGUGUGUGAGAGAGUGAGAGAGAGUGAGUGAGUGUGCGAGUAAGUGUGUGAAUGAGUCGACCCUCUGUGUUCGGUUCAGACGAGUCGGGCUGCAUGUCUGUCUGAGAAUCCAACAAAUGUCUUGAAUCCUUCAAACCUGAUGUGAAUAAAACAGGAUGAUGGAGCGGCG